GCAGGGAAUUCUUGGCUGUUACGACAGGGAGAAGGGAAGGGUGUUCCUUUCCGAGGAGCAGCUGAACCGCACUCGCGUCAAGGCGAGGAUGGCCCCGCAGUUCACGAUGACGGUGACGAUACUGCUGCUGGGCAUGGCCGUGCUGUUGGCGGCGAGCAAUACAGGCCUGGGGACGGUGGGAGCUGUAGCAGCAACGACUAUCACAGAGGAGCAGCGUCUGGUCGCUGCAUUGAAGGACCCCAAGGUAUCCCAGUUCAUUUUGACGUCGGAUGUGGUUCUGACGGCGUCUCUGCCUCCCUCCACAAAGGAUUUCACGCUGGUGGGAAGAUGCAGGGACCAACGGCAGAGACCACGCCUCUGCGUUGUGGAUGGAAACGGGAAGUUCCGAGGUUUCGACAGCGAGGGAUAUAAUGUGCACAUGACCGAUAUCCACUUCAAGAACAUGUGCGACAUCAACGGGGUCGGGGCGGUCGCGUAUGUGGCUGACGGGAGGAUCAGGGCGACGAGGUGCGUGUUCGAGAGCAACAAGGCUUUUACCGCAGGAGCGCUCGCUGUCCGCGACUCGCCUCUUACGGUGACCGACUGUCAGUUCCGGAACAACUGGGCAGUGGAGGCGGCAGGAGCGAUCAGGGUGUUCAGCAACGGCGUCGGAAAAGUCAGGAGGUCUGUGUUCAGCGGCAACUCCGCCGGCGAGAGCGGAGGUGCGGCUCGCGUAUACGAGGGUGGGCUCGAUUUCGUCGACUGUAAGUUCCAUGGAAACUCGGCCAGGAAAGGCGAUGGCGGCGCGGUCAUUUUCGGAGGUGACAGCGCCGGUGUGAUCUCCAGGUCUGAGUUUGUUGGGAACUCCGCCCGCAAUGGGUCGGGUGGCGCCGUGGAAGUGGAGGGUGAGACAGCCAUCGACAACAUCAAUUUCUGUAGCUGCACAUUCCGACGCAAUAGCGCAAAGACUCCCGGGAGCUUCAAUGUAGACAUCGCCAAUUACACCCGAGUCACCUUCUGCAGGAAUAAGCCCCCAGGUCUCCGUGUUGACGAGCCCGCCGAGGCCGUCGUCAACUGCACUGUUUGUGCGAAGCGGGUCUAUCCCGGCAGCAAGAAGAGUCAUUGAAGCCGCGAGUAGGGCGGGAGUUGUUCUACUGUUUCAGGCGGGAGUUGUUCUACUGUUUCAGGCGGGAGGAAUUAUAUCGUGGAUGCAAGUAGCAAUCAUUAUGCAAAUGCAGAG